AUGCCUCCAUUUCCAACACUGACAAAGACAUGGCAUAGUGCAACUUAUCCAGCUACUUCACCACUUAAGCUUUACCUGUCAGCUGCAGGGAAGACUAUACUCAUUACCGGUGGUGGAGGUGAAAUUGGGGUAGGUAUUACUCGCUCAUUCGCGGUCGCCGGAUCAACACAAAUCGCCAUUGUCGGUCGCUGGCAAGAAGUCCUAGCCUCAACAGCCAGGGAACUCGAGAACCCUUUCAAGGACGCUGCCUUUGACCUUGUCAUCAAGGAAUUCGAGCCCAUCGACGACUUCGUGGACAAUGCUGGUUAUAUAUCAGUCGAACUAGCAACCGAACUAGACAGCGACGGUGCCUGGGCAGUGUUCGCAACAAAUAUGAGUGGUAGCAUAUACACAGUAUGGGCCUUUAGUCGCACAGAACGUAGGGAUCAUGCAGUGGUCAUCGAUGUAUCUUCCAUUGCAGCAAUAAUACCUCCAAUACAUGGUGGAGCCGCCUACUCGGCAAGUAAGCUUGCUGCGACAAAUAUUUGGGAAUAUUUUGCCGCAGAGAAUCCCAGCCAUCGCGUCGUGAGCAUAUAA